AAUUUUUCUAAUAUGUACCUAACGGAAUACGACAAAACAAACUAUAGGUAUCAUGUUUCGAUUGUCCCAAAAUUUAUCAAAAAGACUCUCCAGAAAGAAGAGCUCGAAGAUCGUGGAAAAACAAUUCAAUGAAGUUAAGAAGAUACUUCUUCUUGGUACUGGUGAAUCUGGAAAGACCACCAUCAUCAAACAAAUGAAAAUUCUGCAUAUAAAUGGAUUUUCUGAAAGAGAGUUGAAAGAACAAAUUCCAAACAUCAGGGCCAAUCUGCAUGAGUGCAUUUUUGUUAUUUUAGACAAUAUGCCCAAAAUAUUUCCACCUAUAGCUGUUGAAUACGAAUCAUCUAAACCAUCUGUGGUUUAUUUAUUAAGUCUUGGUCCUGAUUACUGUUUAUUUGAACAGGAGUAUUUUGACCAUGUGCAAUUAUUAGUAUUAGAUCCUGGAGUGCAGAAGGCCCUCAAAAGAUCUAAUGAAUUUCAGUUGUUGGACUGUGCAGAAUAUUUUUUAGGUAGAGUCGAAGACAUAAGAAGAACAGAUUAUAUACCAAAUACGCAGGAUAUUUUGUUUUGCAGGGAGAAAACAACUAGUAUUAACAAAAUUGAAUUCACUAUAAGUAACGAGAAAAAAUAUGGUAACGGCCAACCAAAAUUUUGGAUGUAUGAUGUUGGAGGCCAAAGAGGUGAAAGAAGAAAGUGGAUACAGGUUUUCGAAGGGAUUGAAGCGAUUUUGUUUCUAAUAGCAGCUAGCGAAUUUGAUCAACAAUUGAGGGAAGACCAAACGAAGAAUAGAUUUCAGGAAUCCUUGACUCUUUUCAACGAUAUCUAUGGAAGUAGAUUUCUAAGAACUGCUGGUUUGAUCGUCUUUUUGAACAAGCAAGAUCUUCUGAAACGAAAGAUUCAACAGGGAAAAAAUUUGGGAGAUUAUUUUCCUGAUUACAAAAUGUAUUAUUCAAAAAAUAAAAACACUUAUUUCAACGACGAAUAUGAUAAGGCUAAGAGCUACAUGAAAGACAAAAUUCUGGAACUUGUGAAGCCUCUUUCUGUAGAACAUGUUGGAUUUAUACCGGGAAAAUUUAUCCAUGAAGUUAUACCAAAAAGAGACGUUUAUAUUCAUUACACAGUGGCAACAGACACAAAGAACAUCAGAACAGUAUUUGAUUGUGUUCAAGAAAUAGUUUUAAGACAAACUAUUCAUCAAUUAUUUUGAGUAGGAAUCUCCAACACUGAAGUUUCAUAACAAUUACUUUCAAAUUAACAGCUUGAGUAUGUUAAUUUUUUAGCUAUUUUGAAUGAAUGAUUGAACAAAUGUAAAUUAUUUUGAAUUUAUAAUCACUUGAUUAGGUGUUGUGAUACUAGAAAAAUCUUUUAACUUAUAUCAUUUUAUUACAAGGAUAGUUUAAAAUUGUGGAAUACUUACAAUAAAUAUAAUUAUAUAUAAA